AACACACUCAUCAAUUCUCUAUUUGAAAAGGGUCACGUUGUUGCAUUUAGAAACAGUUACCGGCAUCCGCACACAGCACAACAGAAGCAGAGAGAAAUUGAAUAGGAAGAUGGCGCCUCCGAUUCCGAAAGUUCUUAUGCUUUCAGGUGGCAGAGAAGCCAAGCAUCGCUCUCUCCAUUGCUUCCGUUCUCUCCCGCGGCCAGAUGUUCACAAGAAAAGGAAGCACAGAAAUUCAUGAAUUCGAGGGGAAGUUUUUUGGAUCGCAUGCACGUUUUAAAGUUACAUCUGUUAUUGGCCACGUGUUCAGCGUAGAUUUUCCUGGUAAAUAUCAAGAUUGGAAAGCCACGGAUCCGUUAGAUCUUUUUCAGGCUCAGGUUAUAAAGACCGAAUCAAACCCAAAGGCACAUAUUUGUAGACAUUUAAACCAAGAAGCUCGUGGAUGUCGUUAUUUGGUAUUGUGGUUAGAUUGUGAUCGUGAAGGAGAAAAUAUAUGUUUUGAAGUUUUGGAGUCAACUGGUUUCAAUAUAAAUGACGCUUAUCGUGCACGAUUUUCUUCUGUUACUGAGAAAGAUGUUCUGAAGGCUCUAGACAACCUUGUCAGACCCAACAGAGAUGAGGCACUGGCUGUAGAUGCUAGGCAAGAGAUAGAUUUGAAAGUUGGAGUUGCCUUUACUCGAUUUCAGACAAGUUAUUUCCAAGGAAAAUACGGGAACCUAGAUUCUCGAGUCAUCUCCUAUGGACCAUGCCAAACUCCCACCUUAGGAUUUUGUGUGCAGCGGUAUUUACAAAUAAACACUUUCAAGCCAGAAAAGUUUUGGAGUUUGCAUCCUUACAUAUUUCAAAAUGGCUAUGAAAUUCAGCUAGAAUGGCAACGUGGCAAAUUGUUUGACAUAAAUGUUGCUAUGAUGUUUCAAAAUAUUGUUGCCGAAGAUGGACUUUUGGAAGUUACUGAAACAUCAGAAAAACAGGAAACAAAAGGUCGCCCCGUUGGUCUAAACACAGUGAAUCUUUUGAAGGUUGCUUCAAGUGCUCUGGGCUUUGGACCUCAUAUGGCCAUGCAACUAGCUGAACGGUUGUAUACACAAGGUUUCAUCAGCUAUCCACGCACUGAAAGCACAGCAUACCCUCCUUCAUUUGACUAUCGCGGUGUACUCUCUGCACAAACAAAUAAUCCAACCUGGGGUAAUUAUGUACAAGGACUACUUACCAGUGGCUAUCAAAAACCUCGAGUGGGAACAGAUGCAGGCGACCAUCCUCCCAUUACUCCAAUGAGAUCAGCAGCAGAGGAUAUGCUAGGCAAUGAUGCUUGGAAGCUGUACCAAUAUAUUUGUCAACACUUCAUAGGAACAGUGUCUCCAGACUGCAAGUAUACAAAGAGAAAGGUUGAGUUUUCAAUUGGUGGAGAGUUGUUUCAUUGUACAGGGCAGCAUGUUGUCACCAAAGGAUUUACAGCUAUCAUGCCUUGGUUGGCCAUAAAUGAUAAAAAUAUUCCAUCAUUUAUAAAAGGGCAGAAAAUAGAAGUAUCAAAAUUGGAGCUCUAUGAGGGGAGUACCACACCUCCGGAUUUUCUUACUGAAAGUGAGCUGAUCUCCCUGAUGGAGAAAAAUGGAAUAGGAACAGAUGCAUCAAUUCCUGUACAUAUUAACAACAUAUGUGAGCGGAAUUAUGUGCAGGUACAAGCAGGCAGAAAGCUUGUCCCAACCCCAUUAGGCAUAACUUUAGUACGAGGUUAUCAAUCAAUUGAUCCAGAUCUCUGCCUGCCUGAUAUCCGUAGCUUCAUUGAGCAACAAAUUACUCUUAUUGCUAAGGGUCAGGUAGAUCAUCAUCGUGUAGUGCAGCAUGUAAUCCAACAGUUCAAGCAGAAGUUUAGUUACUUUGUCAAGAAGAUUGAAGACAUGGAUGCAUUAUUUGAAGCACAAUUUUCUGCACUUACUGAUUCAGGGCGUAUUCUGAGUAAAUGUGGUAAAUGCUUGCGAUAUAUGAAGUAUAUUUCUUCUCAGCCAUCACGAUUGUAUUGUGGUACAUGUGAGGAGGUUUAUUAUCUUCCACAGAAUGGCACAAUCAAGCUGUACAAAGAAUUAUCUUGUCCUCUAGACAAUUUUGAGCUUUUGAUCUGCUCCAUGCCUGGCCCAGAUGGUAAAUCAUUUCCACUAUGCCCAUAUUGCUACAGCAAUCCCCCAUUUGAAGGUAUUGAAACACUCAUCAGUGCGACUAAAACUAACACUCCUGGCAAGAUUGGCAAGGGAGCUGGCAUGGCCUGCAUCCUAUGUCCUCAUCCCACUUGCCCAAAUUCUGUAGUUUCCCAGGGUGUAUGUGCGUGUCCAGAGUGCAGUGGGACACUUGUCUUAGAUCCCGUAAGUGCUCCCAAAUGGAGACUUUGUUGCAAUAUGUGCAAUUGUCUAGUUUUUCUAGCACAAGGUGCUCAUAGGAUCUCCACAACCAAAGAACGAUGCCCUGAAUGUGACUCUUUAAUCCUAGAAGUGGACUUCAACAAAAAAACAACUCCUCUUGAAGACGGAUCUACCUUGCACCGUGGUUGCAUUCUUUGUGAUGAAUUGCUUCAUUCCCUUGUGAAAAUGAAACAUGGGAGAAGCUUCAAGCAUAUGAGAUCGCGAGGAAGAGGUAGAGGAACAAGAAAAGGUGGAUAUAGGGGCAGAGGACGCGGGGGUGGAAAAAUGAUGGAUCCAAAAAUGAGCUUCCGAGAUUUCUAAGUAAUGCUUAGCUGUUCAUCAUGUUUGUAGCCAAAUUAAUUAUGUUUCUUAAAAAAAUGAAUAUUUACUACAUAUUCCUUGAGU